AUGCUCGAGGACUGGCAAGCCCGCAUUCGCGCCGUCGACACAACCUCCCCUACCUGCUCCGAUUCAACUCAAGACUCCUCUCCUAAUACACUAUACAAUCAAGAUACUGUCGUACCCCGUACAUAUGAACCAGAUGCCUCUUUGGUACUGGUUGGCAUCCGAGGAUGCGGCAAGCGCUCGCUAGGAUUUGUCGCAGCGACGGCACUAAGACGGCGCUUUAUAACCGAGGAUCAUUAUUUCAAGGAAAUUACAGGCUCAACGCGGCGCGACUAUCUCAAAAGAUUUGGCAAUCAAGAUUUUCAGAACAAGGAUAUUGAGGUGCUGAAAUUGAUGCUGGACAAUCACCGCACUGGAUGUGUAAUUGAAUGUGGGCUCGGCACUCUAACACGGCCUAUUCAGGCCCAUCUGCGUCACUAUUCACGAAAGAACCCUGUUAUCCAUGUUUUGCGCGAUACCAGCAUUGUUCAGCAACUUCUUGGUCUAGAGGACCAGUCAAUACGACUGUUGCGCGACGCAGACCCUACACAUCGGACAUGCUCCCAUUUUGAAUUCUACAACCUCGAAGAUCGCACCCAAUUUGUCUCGGAGGACGGAAGCCCUGAUCCUCGAUCUGCAGCGUAUUCGUUCAAGCUACAAGAAGUCAAGAAGGAUUUUACCCGCUUUGUUCAUUUCGUGACCGGCACCAACGUACACUCCAGCUACGAUUCACCUUUUGUCCUGCUUGAAACACCUCCGGAAUUCCGUUCAUACACCCAUGCUAUCUUCGUUCGCUCCUCCGACCUUACGGCCGAUAAUGUGAACCUUCCAGAGCUAGAGUCAGGAGGAGAUGCCAUCGAGCUUUGUGUUGAUAGCUGGGGGCCCGAGAUGGCCGAGGUGAUUACGAGACAAGUGGCUAUUUUACGCCGUAAUGCGCGGACACCUGUGAUUCUGUCAGUUGACACUUCUCCCACCGGCGUUCCGAAUUCGUCAUAUUUCGACGUCCUAGAACAUGGGUUGCGGCUGGCGGUGGAAUACUUAGUCAUUGAUCUUGGCCAAAGUCGAUCUCAAAUCGCUCAGAUUAUACGCGGUCAUGGGAAAACCAAGAUCAUCGGUGAGCAUAUAUUCGAAGCGUUUUCCCGUGUCAGCUGGGACGACGAGAGCUGCGUCACUCUAUAUAAUGACGCCGGAAGGAUUGGAUGCCAGCUCGUUCGUUUUUUAAGGGUAGCUACAAACCGCGAAGAAAACAACAGCGUCCAAGAAUUUGUCAACAAGAUUCGCUCUCUACCCGGAGAGCACCCACCACUGAUCGCAUAUAAUAUCGGCCGUCUGGGAAGAACAUCCCAAGUAUUCAAUUCCAUCCUGACGAGCGUCACACACCCGGCCAUCACAAGCACAUCAGAAAACGAGCGCGACACGCAGAUAACAUCUCGCGACGCCGUCCAAGCCCUCUUCCACAGCUACGUGCUUGACCCAUUGAACUUCUACAUCCUCGGAAGCAGCAUCGCCUACAGUCUCUCACCAACAAUGCACAACGCCGCCUUCAAGCACUGCGGCAUGAGCAACACAUACAGCAUCCCCGAAUCACCAUCCCUCGCAAUCCUAGACCAAUUCCGCCGCGACCCCAACUUCGGCGGCUCAAGUAUCGUCCAGCCCUGGCGUCGGGAACUCUACCAAAAACUCGCCUCUAAAAGCCGGCACUCCGAAGCAAUCGGCGCCAUAAAUACAAUCAUGCCUCUGCGAGGCUCAUCUGACGGAAAAAUGUACCCCCUCACCGAACAAGCCUCGCGCCGAAACCAAGCCGGCCCUAUCUUAGGCUGGUACGGCGAGAACACAGACUGGGUCGGCAUAAUGAUCUGCAUCACUCGACACCUCUCUCCCCGAAAUGCCAUCAGUUCAAAGACAACAGGUCUAGUUAUUGGUGCAGGUGGUAUGGCCCGCUCUGCCAUCUACGCCAUGCUCCGAUUAGGCUGUCGCAAGAUCUUCAUCUCCAACCGGACGCAAUCACGUGCGGAGGAGGUAGCCCGCCACUUCAAUUCGUGGGCUUCAUCGCAGGUAGACUCGGUCGAGGUGGUUCGCGUGCUACGAUCUACACAGGAUGACUGGCCUGAAGAUGCAAGCCCGCCUAGUUUAGUUGCGUCUUGUGUUCCUGCCGAUCCAGACCUCGAUGAACCACCUGCUAAUUUCGAAAUGCCGCUACAAUGGCUCGGUAGUCCUACGGGUGGUGUAGUAUUAGAGAUGGCUUACAAGCCGCUUGACACACCUCUUUUGCGACAAAUGCGUCGCAUCAGAGCCGAUAAUGGCAGAUCAUGGGUUCUAGUCGACGGACUCGAAAAUGUCAUUGAACAAGGCAUCGCUCAAUUCGAGUUGAUGACCGGUCGCAGAGCCCCUAGACGACUGAUGACCCAGGAGGUCCUGCGUCACUAUGAAGGGGAGAGCGGGAAAUUUGACGAAAAAACCAUUCAGGCUCGAUUGGACGGUGUGUGUUUUUAG